UUUCCUAUGGUAGAAGUGUAGAACCUCACGAGUCUUUGGCAAUAUCUCAUACCAAUUAUUCACAGAAACGACUAAUUGUUGGUACUUAAUCUAUAAUUAUAGUGAAAUCACACGAUUAGUUGAAAAUAAUUAAAAUUCUAACUAAUUCAUUAAUACAAGCCUAGUAUUAAGUAUGUACCUAAUUAGAUUACCUAUUGUGAAUAUAAUUUCAACUGUGAGAUUGUCACACAAAAAUCUUGAUAAUUGUCAAUAUUUAAUAUCAAAGUUGUGUUAUUUUAUCAUAUUAUAGUUUUGAAAAACUUACGUCUUCCGAAUAUUUUGUUUCUUCAGCUUAUCUGUCCAUAUAGGACCAUUGCUGCCAUCAUUAUUUGUAUUCUUGUUAAAUAACAUCUUAAGAAUUACGUUAUUGUUUCUGGUUAAUAAUUCUCAAGUUGUCCGAAGGCAACUAUGUGUCAAUAAACUAAUUACUUGGUCGCCUUCUAGGGGAUGUUCUGUUUAUUUUAUUUUAAAAAGAUGUACAGAUUGCCUUCUCAUUAGGUGCAAUGUGUACCUAAUUAAGUAUUUAGGUAGUAUGUGAUCUACCCGUAAUGGGUAUUUGGUCCUAUGUGAGUAUAUUACCUAUGUAGCAUUACACAUUUGUAGAUGAACCAUCAAAAUGACAGUCGCGGUAUUGGAUAAAUAUCAUUUGGGCAUUAGUGCCAUUGUUGUUGUGGCUAUGCAACUUUUGUUUUUCACUAUUGCUGUAACACUUCAGUAUGAUAAAGUGGCUGACUUUGCUGGUGGUAUAAGUUUCAUUUUAGUGGCUGUACUAACAUAUGGAUUAGCUCAGACACAUGAUAAUCGGCAAUUUAUGGUGACAUUAUUUGUAUGCAUUUGGGGUGCUCGAUUAAGUUCUUAUUUAUUUUAUCGAAUAAUAAAGAUUGGAAGAGAUGCAACAUUUCCAGACAGACGUAGCAAUAUGAUUCGCUUUGCUGUGUUUUGGACAUUUCAAGCUAUUUGGGUGCUUAUUGUUAGCUUGCCGAUUAUUGUUAUCAAUGCACCCCACAAUUCCAUAAAAGCAGGAGCACCCAAAACUAUGACAACUUUGGAUACUGUUGGCUGUUGUGUGUUUAUUUUUGGCUUCAUUAUUGAAACUUUUGCUGAUUUACAAAAAUAUGCAUUUAGAAGUGAAGAAACAAACAAAGGAAAAUGGUGUGAUGAUGGUUUAUGGAGCAUGUCUAGACAUCCAAAUUAUUUUGGAGAAAUAGUAUUAUGGUGGGGUGUUUUUAUUGUUUCGUUGAAUGUGAUUGAAGGUCCAGAGUAUAUUGUUGUUAUAUCACCAAUUUUUACAACAUUUAUCAUACUCUUUCUCUCUGGUAUUCCACACUUAGAACGUGUUUCAGAUCAUAGAUUCAGAAACAAUGCUCAUUAUCAGCUGUACAAACGUUCCACUUCACCAUUAAUACCUAUACCACCAUCACUUUAUAUUGAAGUGCCUGGUUUUAUUAAAAUGCUCUGUUGUUGUGAACUACCUUUAUAUAAUUGGAUGAGAGCACAUCCUUCUGAUCCUCCAGAAGCAGCCCCAGCUCYAAAAUCAUCCUAGCAAAAAAAGGGAGCGGGUGUAACUAUGGUACAGAUUACAGAUCGCUCCCAAGAAGGUCMUGUAUACUCUACAGCUACCACGUACGUCUAAAAUAUUAAAUGUCUCUCAAAAUAUUAUACCUUCAAAUAUUAUAAUGCUUAUUUCUUUUCAUGAAUUGUUUAGUUGUAUAUAUGAUUAGAAUAAAACCAGCAAAUUCAUAAAAAAUUUAAUAUUAUAAUAAAAUUACUGUUAUAAAAUGUUAUUUCUAUUCUUACACAUACUAUACAAAUUUUGUUUUGUUAGUUACUUAACAGUUUUUUGUAUGUAAGUUCAUGUUUCAGUAUUAAUAGUUGUAUAAUAUCACCUAAUUGAGAUUCAGUAGUUCUUCUAUUAUAGUGUUGGCUUAUAAAAGUACGUAUUGUUGUUUCAAGUAGGUUUAAAAUAUAUAGGCUCUAACAAUAUUACAAGAUUAACAACAAUAGUUUUAAACUAAUGUUUACAAUAGUUUUACUUUAAAAAUAUUAACAAUCAGUUAAAAUAUCUUUUGUCAUUUUACAAUUAAUGAUAAUCACAUGAAACACAUCUGAAGAUAAAUUCAUACUGCGAUAUUAUUUUUUAAAUAUUUUCAUAAAUAUAAAUAAGUCAUCUUUAUU